AAAAUAACAAAGAGAGAGAGUGAGAGAAACACACACCACACAAAAUCUACUGCAUUUUGCCCGUUAGGUAGGUACCGAUUAUAUGUUUUUUGUCUGUAUAUCUAUAUAUAUCAUCUUUUUCAAUAAGAAUAAUAAAUCAAAAUAAUAAAAAAUGAAAACUUCAGGUUUUGCAAUGUUUUCAGUGUUAUCAAGCAUGCUUGUAGUAGUAGUAGUAGUAGUAGUUUCCGUGACGUCAUCAUAUUCAGCUGAAGAUGGUUUCAUUCAAUGCCUCGAAAAUAACUCAAAACUCUUCAAUGGAGUAGUCUUCUUACUCCAUACUCCAAAAACUCCUUCAUUUUCAUCUUCUCUCCAAACCUACAUUCGAAACCUCCGCUUCAACGAAUCCACCACCGGAAAACCAAGAUUCAUCCUCACUCCAACCCACGUCUCACACAUUCCGACAGCCAUUAUCUGCGCUAAAUCACACGGCCUGCAAAUCAAAGUCCGAAGUGGGGGCCACGAUUUCGAAGGCCUCUCUUACGUCUCCGAUUCUCCAAACUUUUUCAUUCUCGACAUGUUCAAUCUCCGCUCAGUCAACGUCACCCUAGAGGACGAUUCCGCCUGGGUUGAAGCCGGAGCCACUCUCGGACAAGUCUUCUACGGAAUUGCCGGAAAAAGUAACACCCGCGCAUUCCCCGCCGGAGUUUGCCCCACCGUCGGCGUCGGCGGCCACGUCAGCGGCGGCGGCUAUGGUAACCUCAUGAGAAAGUACGGACUUACGGUUGAUAAUGUCGUCGACGCAAAGAUAGUUGAUGUUAAGGGAAGAAUCCUCGACAGAAAAUCAAUGGGGGAGGAUCUUUUCUGGGCUAUCACCGGUGGCGGCGGAUCCAGCUUCGGAGUUGUACUUUCUUACAAAAUUAAACUGGUUCGUGUCCCAAAUAGAGUUACAGUUUUCAGUGUCUUUCGAACGUACGAUGAAAAUUUUACUCACCUUAUUUAUCGUUACCAAAAAGUCGCCGCCGAUGAGUUGCCGGAGAAACUGUUCAUCAGACUAAUUCUCGACGUUGCUAAUGGUAAAAACAGGGCAAGAUUCGUAGCCUUAUUUCUCGGAAACUCGGAAAAUCUUCUAUCUUUGAUGAAUCGUAGAUUUCCAGAGCUGGGAUUAAAGCAAAAGGAUUGCAUUAAGAUGAGAUGGAUUGAAUCAGUUCUUUUCUGGGCUGAUUUUCCGACAGGAACACCAAUUACUGCUCUUGUGAGUAGGGUUCCUCAGGUACUCGUCCAUUUCAAGAGAAAAUCCGAUUAUUUAAAAAAACCCAUUCCGAAAUCAGGAUUAGAGUUCAUAUUCAAGAAAAUGGUGGAAUUGAAAACUCCGCUGCUGACAUUCAACCCCUACGGCGGGAGAAUGGCGGAGAUUCCCCCGGAGGCGAAACCCUUUCCGCACAGAGGGGGCAACAUUGCGAAGAUUCAGUACGCGGCGAAUUGGGACGAAAAGGGAAUUGAGGCUGCGAAUUAUUACAUAAAUCUGACGAGAAUGCUGUAUGAAUAUAUGACUCCGUAUGUGUCGGUGAAUCCAAGAGAAGCUUUUCUCUGUUACAGGGAUCUUGAUAUUGGAACUAAUCGGAAUGCCGCCGGCAACGGUACUUACUACUCGGAGGAUGCGGCGGCGGUUUAUGGGGUGAAGUACUUUAUGGAUAAUUUCAAGAGGUUGGUCAAAAUUAAGACAAAGGUCGACCCCCACAAUUUCUUUAGGGAUGAACAGAGUAUUCCUGUCAGCCAGGAAGACGAAAUAAUAAUUUAAUUAUCAAAAUGUAACUCAUGUCUCUACUUAACAAUAUAUAAUUAGGACUUUGCUAAAUAGCCAGAAUCUGGCUGGCCAAAAUAGCAUUUAUUUUACUUUUUUUGUUUUCUUUAUAUAUUUAAUGGAGUACCAUUUAUGCCCUUA